CAUUCUCUGGCAGCCUGAAAGCUUAGAGGGAGGGGAGCCUGCAUAGGGCUGGGGAAAAAAACUGCGGAGGGUAUGUCAAUCCUAGAAGUUGGGUGUUAGACACAGAGCUCUCGGGAAGACCUGCGCUUGCAGGGCUCAAACAGAGAAGGCAGUCAGAGAGCAAUGGGAUUUUGCAGAAAGUCAAAUGCGAAGGAAGGCAGGGGAAAGGAGGCAGUGUUCCUGAGAAAGAAGAUCACCCUGGUGCGGGCCAUCGCACUGAUUAUCGGCACAGUCAUUGGCAGUGGCAUUUUUAUCGCUCCAAAAGGGGUAUUGCAAAACUCCGGCAAUGUGGGACUCUCCUUGGUUGUCUGGCUGGCUUGUGGGGUCCUCUCUCUAUUUGGUGCUCUGUCUUAUGCAGACCUGGGAACAAGCAUCACAAAAUCUGGGGGCCAUUACAUCUACCUUCUAGAAACCCUUGGGCCUUUGCCAGCCUUCUUAAGAUUGUGGGCUGAAUUUGUUAUGAUCCGUCCUGCCGUCGUUGCCGUGGUGUCCUUGGCUUUCGGUCGUUACUUAAUUGAGCCUCUCUUCGCCCCUUGCCACGCCCCUGCCCUGGCUGUGAAGCUGGUCACCAUCACUGGCAUCUCCUUAAUCAUUGCUCUGAACUGCUGGAGCAUCAGCUGGUCUGCAAAUACACAGACCGUUCUCACAGUCCUCAAGAUGGUCACCAUUGGCCUGAUUAUUGUCCCAGGGAUGCUGGUGCUAGCUGAAGGUCACUAUGAGAAUUUCCAGCAUGCUUUUGACACUAGCUCGCUGGCUCUGGACAAGCUGCCUCUGGCUUUUUACUCUGGAAUGUUUGCAUAUAGUGGAUGGUUCUAUGUCAACUUUGUAACUGAGGAAAUCAUAAACCCUGAAAGGAAUAUCCCACUGAGCUUGAUAGUGUCCUUGCUCAUUGUUACUCUAGGGUACCUUCUCAUUAAUGUCUCCUACUACGCAGUCCUGACAGCAGAGGAAGUGCUGGCCUCUGAGGCUGUGGCUGUGAGCUUUGCAGAUAGAGCUUUUAAGAGCAUUUCCUCAGCAAUUCCCAUCCUAGUUGCUUUGUCCUGCUUUGGUUCUCUGAAUGGAGGAGUCUUUGCAGCUGCAAGGAUGUUGUUUGCAGCUUCCAGGGAAGGACAAUGGCCUCUACUCUUCUCCAUGAUCCAUAGGCGAAGAAACACCCCCUUUCCAGCCCUUUUAUUAAUGUUGCCUCUGAUCUUUUUGAUGGUGUUGAUUGGCGAUCUCUAUGGCCUAUUGAGCUUCUUUAGCUUUUCACGCUGGCUCUUCAUAGGACUGGUGACCCUGGGGCUCAUGAUACAUCGUUAUCGACAUCCUGAGAUACCAAGGCCCUUCAAGGUGCCUCUAUUCAUCCCACUGGUUUUCACAAUAAUAUGUUUCUUCAUCGUGGGAAUGUCCCUUUAUUCGGACCCUGUGAACACUGGCAUUAGCUGUGCCAUAACUCUGACUGGUCUGCCUGUCUACUAUCUGGUGGUCCAGAAAUCAAGAAUACCAACCAGCUGCAGUGCAAUGUUCAAUUCCAUGACGGUGAAGCUACAGGUCCUGAUGGAAGUCAUCCCACAGGAAAUCCAGACCUACUGAAGGUCUCUUGCAUCACGGUCCAGACUUCAAACUUAACACACGAAGGCCCAUUCUUGGGAGCAGCUGGUAACGAAUCCAAACAAUAGGAUCCACAAGGCCUUCAAUAAGAUCAGACCAUAAGUGGGAACCCAAGGCUAUUUUAAUGUUAACAUUACCGUAGUCACUUUCAUGAACCCUUACCUAAUGCUGGUUUGUUCAGAUGCUCACAUAUAAACACACUUCUUUUUAGAGUCAGACUACUUCAGUGAUGUUACAAUCCAGUACUCCCAACACCAGUAAUUCACUACUGUGGGGGUGAAUCUGAAGUCAAACUGGUUGGUGGCGUUUUCUGAUAAAUGGAGCAAAGAACAAAGCUACCUUCAAUGCAUAUUAUAUGAAGUAAUAACAGGAAAAGGGAAUAAGAAAAUACGAUCAUUUAUAGAGAAGAAAUCGUUUUCCAAAACCCUUUAAGUAUGUCUGAGCAACUUUCACGUGGAAGCUGCCCAGCAUAGACUAAGCAGAGAGUAGCCAUGGAGUCUUUCAGUGUAUGGAGGGACAGUCUUCUCAAAACAAUUUGGUUCAACCCAGCCACAAUGUGGGAGAUCACUCUCCUAUCAAUAAACUUCCAAACUUCACAACCAAGCAAAAGAGGAUUGGGAGCGGUGUUCAUGAUAAAAUUAUUGUGCAGGAGGUCACUACUAGCCCUAGCCCUUAGGCAUUAAGUUUAUUCUCAAAGAGUAAAAGGAUUAUUUAAAGGUGAUGCUGGAAAAUGAUAGUGGCAGCAGAACUGUUGUACUUAGCAACUAGAAUUUUUCUUUCUAUUUUAAAGAAAAUGGAAAUUGAAAGAAAGGGAAAGAUGAGGGUGGAGGGUAAGGAUAUGCUGAAUGUAUUAUUUUGAUGCUGCUGUCUGAGGACAAUUUGAGUUUUGGAAAAAAGUUUAGAAACAGCUAUGGUUAGGGUUUCUCAAUCCAGAGUCUGGCAGUGCUGCAGAGGGGCUGCUCUCAGCUUCAGAAUGUUAUCUUUCCAGCCACUUUGAGCAACUGCACAAACUACAGGGAAUCCUCCCAGUAGGCAUUAUAAACAUGUAUUCUACAUAUGCAAUACACAUGGAUGUUUGUCAAGAACACUACCGAAGAUUGAAUUUUUAAACAAAAACCCACAAAAACAAAAACUCUGUCGGCAGCCACUUCAUUAUUAAAAAAUGUGAUUUCUAAUCAGGGCAGCUGAGACACCCACUGGCGCAUCCUAAAUCAUUACCCAUUGUGCUUAAAUAUUGUGGAUUUAACUUUUUAAAAGGUGAAUUUCAUAUAGGUAAAAAAGUUGGGUUAAUAGUGUUGAAGCUUGACAUUUUAUUUAGCCAAAGAAAAGGUACAUUAGAUACACUGCAUUUCCCCCCAGUGUCCCACUAGUACCUCAGUCCAGAGCUGGAGAAACAGUUACUGGGAAUGACAAUUCAGACUGAUGUCACAUUUAAUGCUUUAUUUCCCUGCUAAGAUUGGAAACUUCAGUGUCACUUGUGGCACUCAUUUUAUGAUGUGCAAAUCUGUCCAUUAGCAUUUGGAGUGUGAUCAACUCAUUUCACAUCCAUGAGAUAGAUAGUAACCUGAUCCCCACUGAUACAGGCUAAAUGUGAACUGACCAACCAGAAGCAAAAAACUACCUAUUAUACAUCUGAGCCAGUGGUUCUCAAACUGUGGGUUGGGACCCCAAAAUGGGUUGCAACCCCAUUUUAAUGGGGUUGCCAGGGCUGGCUUAGACUUGCUGGGGCUUGGGGCUGAAGCCUGAAUCCCACUGCUUGAGGCCGAAGCCAAAGCCUGAGGUAUUCAGCCUUGGGCGGCUGGGCUCUUACAGGUCCCCUGGCUGGGGCUGAAUCCCUUGGGCUUCAGCUUUGACUCUUUCACAACCCAGGGCAGUGGGGCUCGGGCUUUGACUGACUCCAGCUCCCCCACCCAGGGCAGUGAGAAUCAGGCAGACUCAGGCUUUGGUCCCCCAUCCUGGGGUUAUGUCGUAAUUUUUGUUGUCAGAAGGGGGUUGCGGUGUAAUGAAGUUUGAGAAACCCUGAUCUGAGCCACCCAAGCUCCUCCUAACACCACUUUUUAAAACAUUCAGUUUAAGCAGUGAAAAUGUUCUUCUGAUUGCUUCCCACUCUGAGGAUUCAAAACCUUCUAAUGCAGAAGCACUUUCUCCACAUAGAAAAGGCACUAUAUUUUCAUAAAUAAAAUAACUGUCACAUGAUGGAACUGAAGCAUGUCAUUCCCCAUAGAAUUAAUUGCAAAACAGGAAUUGCUAUACUGGAUCAGUCCCAUGGGCCAUCCAGUCCAGUAUCCUGACAGUGCCCAACACCAGACGUUUCAGAAGGUGGAAGAAACUUCUCAACACCUACUAAUUACAGAUUGGCUUAAGAGUGAAGCAGGAAGAUUAAUCUCUCCUCCAAAGUGUAUAUUAGCAUUAACUAAUUAGAAGUUUGUUCACACUCCUCCUCUCCCCAUCACAGGAGACUGUAUUAGCAGGUCUCUGUUUUGCUGACCUCUUCAUAAAAGUGUGACUUGCAAUUUCACAAGUUACCACCAGGGUAUACACUUGGAUCACAA